AUGGAGUCCGCGGCCGCAUUCGGAGCCGCCAAAGCCGGGAAGCUGGCCUUCGACCCGGUCGCCUUCUUCACGCAUCCGCGGACCAUCAUGAGGCUGUUAUCGUGGGUCUUUUCCAUCGUGGUCUUUAGUUGCAUCGUGAAUGAGGGCUACAUGAACAUCGGCAGUGAACGUCUUUUGUGCGUGUUCAACAAGAACGCAGACGCGUGCAACUACGGCAUGACGCUGGGUGUGUCCUGCUUCCUGGCCAGCGCCUUCUUCCUGCUCUUGGAUGCCGUAUUUCCGUCCUUUAGCAGCCUGAAGGACAGACGGCGCGCCGUGUUGCUUGACCUCAUCUGCUCUGGGGUGGCCAGCUUCCUGUGGUUCGUGGGCUUCUGUUUCUUUGCCAAUCAGUGGCAGGCGACGUCACCGGACGAGCUGCCUCUGUCGCAGGGUGCCGAUGCCGCCCGAGCCGUCAUCGCCUUCUGCUUCUUCUCCGUCAUCACUUGGACGGUGCUGACGCUGAGCGCCCUGCGUCGUUUCCUAUCGGGAUCGCACGCCAACCUGUUCACGUGGCAGCACCUGGACCCUGCCCCUGGCCAUGCCAGGGCCACUCCCUACCCCAUCACCAACGGCGCCACCAUUGUCACGACCAAGCCCUACCAAGCCCCGCCCUUCACCGAGACGCUAGACCCGCAGAAGCUCACGCAGCAGCAGCACAGACCCGUGGCGCCCGCCUUCUGA